GCUCGUGUAAAAAUCUUGUUGCGAGUAAAUUCCACGGAUCUUUGUUGAGUAAAUAAAAAAUUGUUUUUAUUAAUUUUUAGUUGCUAGUUUCGAUUAAUUUUCUUAUCAGCUUCGAGCUGAAGAGCGCCGGACGAGCAUAGACUAGCGAUAAUUUUGAUCUGUGAUCUGAUCUGAUAAGAAAUCAUCACAUGUAACCGAUAGAAUGAAUUUGGAGGAAUACCGUAAACAUGGAAAGGAAAUGGUAGAUUACAUCGCCGAUUAUCUGGAAAAUAUCCGUUGUCGACGCGUUUAUCCAGCAGUUUCGCCGGGAUAUUUGAGAAAUGUCCUGCCAGCGUCGGCUCCAGUAGACGGCGAGUCUUGGGAGGACAUAUUCGCCGACGUUGAGAGAUGCAUUAUGCCAGGCGUGACGCAUUGGCAGAGUCCGCACAUGCAUGCCUACUUUCCGGCUCUGAAUUCACCUGCCAGUUUACUGGGCGACAUGCUGGCCGAUGCAAUAAACUGUCUGGGUUUUACGUGGGCUUCCAGCCCGGCGUGUACCGAGUUAGAAACAAUCGUCAUGAAUUGGUUAGGCAAGAUGAUUGGAUUGCCUGAAGAUUUCCUGCAUCGACCCGGCGGAUCUGGUGGCGGUGUCAUUCAAACGACGGCGUCAGAAGCGACGCUAGUGUGCUUACUUGCAGCCAGAACCAGAGCUAUCAGAGAUGUGCAGGAGAAUGAUCCCGAUCUUUUAGCGACGGAGAUCAACUCGCGACUAGUUGCAUAUUGCUCAGAUCAGGCACAUUCGAGUGUGGAAAAAGCUGGACUUAUUGGACUGGUUCAAAUGCGAUAUAUCGAAUCCGAUAGUGAGUUCAGCAUGAGAGGGAAUGCUUUACUUGAAGCAUUAACGCGUGAUCGAGCUGAGGGACUGCUUCCUUUUUUCGUAUGCGCAACUUUAGGUACAACUGGUGCAUGCUCUUUUGAUAAUCUGAAAGAAAUCGGACCAAUAUGUCAACAAAACGGUUUAUGGUUACAUGUCGAUGCUGCCUAUGCGGGCAGCGCUUUUGUGUGUCCUGAAUUUCGAGGUUGGCUUCAAGGUGUGGAACUCAUCGACUCCCUUGCCUUCAAUCCAAGCAAGUGGCUCAUGGUCCAUUUCGAUUGCACAGCCAUGUGGGUGAAAAACAGUCAGGCGCUGCAUAGAACUUUUAAUGUGGAUCCGCUGUAUUUGAAACAUGAAAAUUCAGGUCUUGCUAUUGAUUAUAUGCAUUGGCAGAUUCCUCUAUCCAAAAGAUUUAGAGCUCUGAAAUUGUGGUUUGUUAUCAGAAAUUACGGAAUUACAGGCUUGCAGAAACAUAUACGAGAGGGUGUGAGGUUAGCACAAAAAUUUGAAGCUCUAGUCUUCGCCGAUGCUCGUUUCGAGAUUCCUGCUCCAAGACAUCUUGGCUUGGUGGUCUUCCGUCUUCGUGGCGAAAAUACUUUGACUGAACGUUUAUUAAAGAAGCUUAAUUCGCGAGGUCGAUUACAUUGUGUACCAGCCGCCUUGCAUGGAAAAUAUGUUAUCAGGUUUACAGUUACUUCGACAAACACAACAAAUCAAGACAUUGUAAGAGAUUGGGCAGAAAUACGAAAUACCGCGAAUGAGAUUUUGGGUGCUACUUCCGAAUCACCUGUACGAGCCAAAGUUCCUCUCGCAGAUACGAGACAGAAGAAUGAAAAUUUCGGAUCGAGCUUAUUAUUGGCUAAUUCGCCAAUGUCACCGAAAAUCGUGAACGGUAGUUUUGCCGCCAUAUAUGAUACGGCCGAUGUAUUUGAAGAAUGUAUGAAAACUUUUGGAAAGAUUAAUCUCGAAGCGAGGGAUAGUCCAGCCAUGCGUCGUCGUAUUCGCGGGAUACUAAUGUCAGGCAAACAGUUUUCAUUGGAUUCUCGCAUGGAUCUCGUCCAAGGAUUCGUUUGCAGCCGUCCACUUUUGGCUUCUCCUUCCGAAUUACCAUUAAUGAAAGAAGAUGAAAAUACUGGGACAUGCGAAUCAAUGUCCGAUGUAGAUAAAAUGAUCAAAUCUGAUAAUGAUAAAUUACUUGUUCAUAACAACUGGGCGGAAUCUGACAGUUCCAAAGCAUGCGAGAGGAAUCUGUCAAAGGCCGGUUCGAAUUAUGCAGUGGUAAACGGUGCACUAGUCAAUAUCGAUGCCGAAGACGAUGACAAUAACACGGUAACCAUUGCUUCGGCCAACGUAGGUUUUCCCAGAAGUGAGACCAUAGCUGCUAUCAGUCGACCCUAUACAGGUGAUCUAGAGCCCAUUCGAGUUUUGAGGGAGAAGUGGAUAAAAGGGAAGGGAAAUGAAGAAGAUGACGGCAAUAAGGAGUUCUGUAAAAAAUGCGGUCAUUAUUCUACACGUCAGUAAUUAGUCCGGCAUUACGUAUAUAUUCUUCAUACGUUAAAAAACCUACUCAUUUGCACUCGAAGCCACUUUUUUGCGUUUAUAAUCUAAUAAUUUAAAAUUAUUUUUAAUAUAUAUAUGAUUAGCCUGAUAUCAAGUGGAAUUAGUAACAAAUUACAUUGACUUGCUAAGUCAAAAUUUUAGAAGUAAUAGAAUAACUUGUGAUUAAUUAGAAGAUUAACUUCGAAAUUAUUAAAAGAUCAUAAAAAGUAUCUAUUUUAAAAAUAUUUACACAGUGUUUUACAAUUUUUUGAAAGGUAGAAUAUUUCUGAAUGAGAAAGAAAAGUAAAAAAUUUUAAAUAAAUACAUGUAUACACAUUAAUAAAUUUCAUUAAGAUUAUUAAUUAAUUAAUUAAUUAAAAUAUAUAAUUAAAAAUUUUAUUGUUUAUUAAAAUAACUAAAUUUAUAAAACGUUGUAGUGUUGAUUUUACAUGAAGGUAGUAAAAAAAUGACAUAUAAAAAAAUGUUUUUUUUAAAUAUUGUUUUGAUUUUUGUCACUCGUUAGAAAAAUUGUAGUGAUUAAGACGGUGUAGAGUGCAAUAUUUGUAAGAAACGUAUGAAAUCAAAUAAAUGCAUAACAUGACAAAAUA